CUUUCUCAUUUUGUCCACUUACAGCCUACCCUUAUGCGUUCCCAAGCAUCCUACCAAGGACAGAAUUACCUCAUCCAGUCAAUGCUGCUUCCUGAGGUCAAAGGGCCCAUCCUGCCUUCAGACUGGCCGUUCUUUCCACUUAUCAGCCUCUACAACAAAGUGACUAAUGCAGAGACACGUGGGGCUGUACUGAACUCUCUCCCACUUGAUCUUGUCAACACUGUAACCUGGAACCUGCAGUGGGUCUUGUUGCUGGAAACCUGGCGUGCUAAAACCCUUCAUAGCAUCCCUACUGCUGCCAAACUUGCACGGCUUAUGUGUGUUUUCCUCACAGGCGGUGACCUCUUUCUAGAAGCACCAAUCCACCGCUACACAGCUGCUCUUCUUUCUGUGUAUUGCCAACCCAAGGCAUUGGACUCCCUGAACUUGGAUGCUCCUCUCCCUGGUUUGGCUUCCUUCCACGAUCUCUAUAUAAGUCUCCUGGAGCAGUUUGAAGGUGUCUCCUUUGGAGAUCCACUCUUUGGAGUCUUUGUUCUUCUACCUCUACAGAAGCAUUUCAGCGUUCAUCUGCGUCUCUCUGUUUUUGGGGAGCACACAAGUAUCCUGCGGGCACUGGGAGUGCCGCUCCAGCAGUUCCCUGUGCCUCUUGAGCGAUACACCUCCCCUCCUGAGGAUAACCUGAACCUCCUACGACUCUACUUCCGAACGCUGGUCACUGGUGCACUGCGCCACACCUGGUGCCCUGUUCUUUACGUGGUGGCUGUGGCUCAUGUGAACAGCUUUAUUUUCUCCCAAGACAGCACGAUGCAGGAGACUGAUGCUGCUCGGAAAAGCAUGCUGCGGAAGACAUGGCUGUUGGUGGAUGAGACCUUGAAAAAGCACCUACUCUACUACAGACUGCUGAAUGCAGAGAGUCCUUUGGGAUUUGACCUUUAUGAGCAACUUCCUCCCAUGCGACUGAAGUACCUGCAGAUGGUGACACAGAAAGAAACUGAGAAUGCACCAGCGCUAGUCUCGUAAUAAAACAUUUGUGCAAGAAGAGGGCCAAGUGGAAGAAUGGAAGAGCUCAGUUUAUGCUUCACUGAUGAAACUACGUGCACUUCAGUUUCAGUGUCUUACCUGGAUGCUCUUGGCAUCUUUGCAAAGUGAAGCACUAGUAAAAUGCUCCCAGCCCUGUAGAACAAUACACAUCAUCUCAAGAUAUGGCAAUAGGUAUGUGUCUCCUCUCCAUGCCUGGAGCAUUUUUCUCCAUUCUCUUUCAGGUUGUUCUGCUUCUU